AUGAAACAUUUAGACGUAAAGCCUAAUACUGAGCGCAAGGCGCCUCCCAUACCACUUGGCUCUCACAUAAGGGCUACCUACUCUCUCCAAUCUGUUGUGGCAGCAGCUACAGCUGUUGUGGCAGCAGAUACAGCUGUUGUGGCAGCAGAUACAGCUGGUGUGGCAGCAGAUACAGCUAUUGUGGCAGCAGAUACAGCAGUUGUGGCAGCAGACACAGCUGUUGUGGCAGCAGAUACAGCUGUUGUGGCAGCAGAUACAGCUGUUGUGGCAGCAGAUACAGCUGUUGUGGCAGCAGAUACAGCUGUUGUGGCAGCAGAUACAGCUGUUGUGGCAGCAGAUACAGCUGUUGUGGCAGCAGAUACAGCUGUUGUGGCAGCAGAUACAGCUGUUGUGGCAGCAGACACCGCUGACGAGGCUCCAGACACGCACCAGACGAAGGACAGUGACGGAAUGGUGUCCUGUACCCCUGACCGUUAUUAUUAUAUACAGCAAGAGAUGGCUACCCGGCGCCUCUCAACGCCGGCUCACACAAACUCACAAACACCUGCUCCCCCAUUAUCAUCCUCUCACACGCAACUACUCACUCUAAACUACUCGUCCUGUUACCAAAAACGCGACACAACCUACCACACUACCGCAGUCACCACUAUCACCAGCACCACCACCACCAUGAAGGCCCCCAGAGCCAUCCUCCUCCUGCUGGGUCUGGUGCUGACCGCCGGGGGCGCCCCUAUCCCCCAGGGAGAUCAGCCUCAGGACGGUCGACUCAUCCUGGGCCCGCCCGUCAUCAUCAACGUCAGCAACCUUCCUAGCCUCAUCCCCACCAAGCCUACUAUCCAGUUCUGCCCAACAACCAUCAUAUGCUUCGUUACUACUACUACUACUACUGCUAGACCAGCAGGGAAGUAA